UACGCAUUGUGAGAACCACGCGCGUUUCGCUUCUGCUAUUGUGGCGACUGAAUUGCUUUCCAGUACCAGGGUAUUUAGUCAAGCAGAUUGUGUUUCUUUACAGCCCGGGAUGAUCUCUCUUGACGGCGUUUGGUGAAGUGGCUUGAGGGACAGCAGCAUCACACAAACAGAGACAUGAGCAUGCAUACAAACCACGUCUUAACAAGAUGGGAUACAGCCCUGCCGGGAUCAUGAAUUACUGCGCUGUCGAAUGAAGAAUUGGUAGCACUGGAACGAGUGAUACCUCUUUCUUCUUUCCAAAAAAAAAAAAACCAUGGGAAGUGCAGAGGAAAUUCAAAUGGAAAUGCACGGAUGGUCAGUAAAAAUGAGCAUAUCCAGGGUUUUGGCCAUGGUGACGGUCUUUUCUAUGAUUCCUGGCGGAGUGCUGAGCGAUAUAAGAGGUACUAAGGGCCUGGAAGCCCAACAAAUGGCCCAGGGGUCCACUCAUCUACAUCGCCGCCUGAAGAGAGGCUGGAUCUGGAAACAGCUGUUUGUCCCCGAGGAAGAUCCCACUCUGCGAGUUAUUGGCCAGCUAAAGUCUGACUCAGACCGAGGCGAGUUUUCUAUCAAGUACAUACUCUCAGGAGAAGGUGCCGGCGAUGUCUUUGAGAUAGAUGAGUAUUCUGGGGAGAUCCGGACGCUGAAAAAGCUCGACCGAGAGGAAAAGGCCUUCUACGUCCUUCAAGCCCAGGCUAUCAACAGGAGGUCCAAUGAGCCAGAGGAACCCCAGUCGGAGUUCAUCAUCACGGUUCAGGACAUCAAUGACAAUGUCCCCCAGUUCCAGAAUGAACCAUAUGUGUCCAGCAUCCCUGAGAUGUGUCCAAUGGGGACCACAGUGGCCCAGGUGACAGCCACAGAUGCUGAUGAUCCAAUGUUCGGAAACAAUGCCAAGCUCAUCUACACCAUCCUGCAGGGGGAACCCUACUUCUCUGUGGAGCCAAAGACAGGGAUUAUUGUAACAUCCUGGCCAAACAUGGACCGCGAGGCGAGAGAGGAGUACCUGGUGGUGGUGCAGGUGAAGGAUAUGCUCGGCCUGAGCGGCGGCUACUCGUCCUCCACCACCGUCACCGUCAGCCUCACUGAUGUCAACGACAACGGACCCACGUUCCAGCACCACCUGUACACCUUUGCCGUGCCUGAAAAUGCAGCUUUGGGCACCACUGUGGGCAGAAUAAUGGCACAGGAUGGAGACACUGGCACCAACGCCAGAAUGACCUACAGCCUGGAGGAUGACCUGGAGGAAAGCUCCACCUUUAUCAUCCAAACAGACCCAGUGACGCAGGAGGGAGUGGUUCUGCUAGCCAAGCCGUUGGACUAUGAAACUAAAAGACGUUUUGUCAUGGCAGCGGAGGCGGUCAACGAUCACGUGGACACUCGUUUUCUGCCUUUGGAGGAGUUCACGGACAGGACGACGCUCAAGAUCAUUGUGCAGGACGUGGACGAGCCGCCCGUCUUCCUCUCGCCGCUCUACGAGUGGAAAGUUCCUGAAAAUGCAGCUGUGGGAACGGUGGUUGGCAGUGUUAGUGCUAGAGACACUGACACAGUCAACAAUCCCAUCAGAUAUUCGAUUGACAAAAGGCGCGACACAACAAAAGCUUUCAAGAUAGACCCAAACAAUGGGACCAUUACUGUCGCUAAAGCUUUGGACCGAGAGACUUCAAACUGGCACAAUGUUACUGUUGAAGCCAAAGAAACAACGCAGAACCAUUUAUCCUCCUCUGUGGUGGUGUUCGUCAAAGUGCUGGACAUAAACGACAAUGUGCCAAGGCUUGCAAGAGAUUACCAGCCAUAUAUCUGCGAGGGGACACAGGCGGGACAACUCAUUCAGCUGCUCAAUGCUGUUGAUCCAGACGACCCCGUGGAGGGACACCACUUCUACUUCUCCAUGGUCCCCGAGAAGCACAUCAAUCCAAACUUCACUAUCAGAGAUAAUCAAGACAAUACAGCCGGCAUUGUUGCACGCAGGAGUACUUUCACCCGCAAGGAUCGAACCCAGUACCUCCUGCCUGUUGUGGUGGCGGACAGCGGCUCUCCAGCUCUCUCCAGCACCACCACUUUAACCAUCAGCGUGUGCAGCUGCCAGCCGGCCGGACACUGUCCCACAGGGGGGGUGGAGGCCCUCGCUCUGUCUAUGGGUGUCAGCCUGCAAACCUUGUUAGGCCUUCUGGUCUGCCUGGUCACACUCACAGUGCUGUCAGUUCUAAUGCUGAUGCUGAGGAGACACAGGCGGAAGCAGCAGGAGGGCCUGGAGGUGGAGGUGAAGGAGCUGGAGCUGCCAGAGACGGUGUCGCAGAAGGUGCUGUAUUACGGGGAACUCGGGGGAGGAAGAGCUAACCUGGACUUCUGUCAGCCUGUGGUUCCGCUGCGCCCCCACCCAAGGAGGAAGGAGAGGAGGCUGAGGAGGGAGGACGUCCGAGCAAGCAUACGGAUGUCCCUCCGGGAGUCGCACCUCAUCGGGCCGGAGGAUGAUGUCUUCAGGCAGUUUAUCCUGGACAGGCUGGCAGAAGCAGAUCAGGAUCCCUAUGUUCCCCCAUUCGACUGCUUAAGAACCUACGCUUACGAGGGGUCAGGCUCUCCCACUGGGUCCCUGAGCUCGCUGGACUCUUUGGAGCUUUUACCAGAGCAACCUGUUCGUAAUUCCAGACCCUGCUUGGUGAGACUCACCCCUUGGUAUGGGGGAGGAGAGGAGGACACCAUCUUCUAAAAGGGGUUAUCUUAUAGAAGGGCUGUUCUUCCUUUUGGCUGUUUCCCCCUUUUUUCAAAAUCUUUAUGGUAAGCUAAGCUAACUGGCUACUGGCUGGAGCUUCAUAUUUAUUAUACAGAGAAGGAGCGCUAUCAGUAUUGCAAAGUUACUCAGCAAUUAAGCAAUGUAAUGCUUAUAAUUAACCCUUAUAUAAUGGCAUGUAUCCAUUUUGUCUGGUGAUUUUUUUUUACCAUGUUUAAACAUGAAUUACAUAAUUUAAACCAUUAGUAUGUUAUCUAUAAUUACGCUAAAGUGCACUUAUAACAAGCUCUGCUUGAAGAUUAAGUUCGACUGUGUCAGUGCCUUAAAUUAAAAGGAAAGGAUCUCUCAUCUGUACUCAUUCAUAUGGAACAAUCCAUGUCAUCCAUGCUACGUCACCUGUAUCAUUCAUCGGUUUUAAAAUGGGCAGUUUGCCUCCGUUCACAAUUCUCUGUUUGGUGCAACCAUAACCAUCAGCCCUCAAUAACUUUAAAGCUGCAUAACUUAUUUUUUGACCAAUUGGGGCAUGGGGACAUGAUUGACAACACAAUGUUGUCAAAUUUUUCAAAUUGGUAUAGCAAACAUUUCUGCAACCUUUUCUUGUUGUUUUAUGUAACAAUGCAACAUUGUUACCAGAUUUGGCAAAUUGUCAUAAGAGUCAUAAAAACAAUUACUUUUUUUGAUGCAACAUCAUCCUUUAUCUGUCGUUGGUGGAGAACAAAACCGAGUUAGAAAGAGAGAACAUUUUGCACGUGGAACAAUUAUAUGGGUUUUUAACUGGUUGCUCUGCCACUAUGAUUAGCUAGUUUCUUCUGCUGUGUUGUCCUGGGUAGCUUUACUUUAGUUUUCCACUAAAACCAGCUGGAAAACAGGUGGUUUGGACUCUGCUAGAAGUCAAUAACAUUAACGUGAAACUUUCAUUUGAUGUUGACUUGGUCAACGUUUACUGUACGCCAAUAUCUUACUACAACAUUGCUAAGAUUUGUCCCCAAGUUUGAGGUAGGUAUCAACUCGUUUGUUGAGCAACAAGCUUGUUAAAGUCACUACUGAUUUAGAAUUGGCACCUAUGAACAAAGUGGGUACUCCUGAAGGUAUAUUAUACCAUCAAUGUAAGUGAGGGUUUUACUUUUUGUAGAAUUACUCACUUUUACAUUUUUUAACAUUUUUAUUUGGUUUGUCAGCUCCAAUCUGUUCCUUCUGUGUUUGUGCUGUAUUUACAACAUGAAAUUAUACACAUGCAUGUUUACAGUACUAUGGGUAAACUUUAUUCCCGGAUUAGGCGUAUUCACACAUAUAUGAAAGUUCAUAUACAGAAAAGUAGGAUAUCCAUAAAAAAUCAGCUGUUUGAUAUGUUCUAUACCGUGUGAUAUGGAUUUCUGCUCUUUAAAUAAAUCACCACAGGGCACAUCACACUAGAGUACACAAGUAAGCCAAUCAGCAACUGAAAGAGCACAAGGGUGACUGGCAACAAAUCUCCAGCUGAGGGUGGUUAGGAAAUGAUAAAUAUGUUGGCUGAGGCAUGAUUGGAAAUUUACAAAAGAAUUCAAACUCUUCAGAAUCACAACAGCUUGAGUGCUGGUGAAGAAAACAAAUAAUAUAUAGUCCCUGGCUCUCUUCCUCCUUCAUGGUCAUUUACAGUUUUAUUGGCAAACACUACAUGCCCACAGUUAGUUGUGUGGGUGGCUGCUCGAGGGGUGGCUCGAGGUAAUUGCAUGGGGAACAGGUCCAGCCCCCCUUCACCUUCUCAUGCACUAAUUGGGCUGUUUGCUGUCUGCCAAGGUCAGUGUUUGAACCACAAGAAAAGUACUUCUCAGCGAUGAAAAAACUCAAGAAAUUAAUAGGAAAAAAUGACUUGGAAAGUAGCUGGAAUGCCUCAAAAGUAACAGACAAUAUGCAGGAAACAACUAAUUGCUGGAGUCUAUUCAGCUUUUUCUUUGCUGCCGCGGUUACUUGUAUGAGGAGGCGUGCCACACAGCAGGACAAUUUCCAGACAUCUCUGCAACUCAAAGUGAGCUUCAAAUAGCUUCCGCUGUUGGAAACAAUCUAUCCGGCCAGCGCUUUUUAGACUAAAUCAUCUCACAAAGGCUUCUAAAGACACAGGUGUUCACAAAAAAGGCCUUUUUAAAGUUCUUUCAAAGCAAUCUCCACCGUCCAACAUGUAGGGUAUUGGAUUUGCCCAUAAAGCCUCUGUUCUAAUUCCCUUUUCAAAAGAACCUUAAAGUCAAAAGUCAUUCAGCUCAUGGUGUCAUUUAACCUUCUGAAUUUCUGUCAUUACCCAUGGUGAAUAUCACGGGUAAUUUAACCUAACAGCCUUUUUCUUUGUGUAAUUAUACCCAUUACAGCAAUGUGAAGGAUUCCACUCCGUCAACUGUCUCUGUCCGCCGCUCGCCCGCACAGGUUAUAGAUUCAGCUCUUCCUUUCAAACCUGGUGCCAAACUCAUCACAAAGCACCACAAUGCUCACUAGAGGGUCUUUGAGAGGGGGCUCUCAUUUGGCCGACAGAGAGCUGAUUGAAAAGAUGCCUGAAAGGAUUUUGAAAGCCAUUUAAAAAAAAUCAUUAGGAACAUGUAUGCCUUAAGGUUUGGCUGAAGAGAGAUCAAAUCUUUCAUGUGCAAUUUGGUAUCGUGAACAUAAUUAUAGACUGUAACAGAGAAAGAUCUGGACGUUGUUCUGAGUAUCACAGUAGUGUUUCAUCGGUCAAACUCAAGAGUCUGUGAAUGUGUAUCUAGACAAUAAUUGUGCAUGGUAAUUCGUAUUUGCAGCAAUUUCAAAUAAAGUUAAAAAAGUAA